CGGGUUUUGCCAGCCGUACGCAGUUUAGACGCAACGCUCGGCAGUACAAGGAAUAUCGUUCGCACUCCGGGGGGCAAACUGGUAACACCCUGGAGAAUGAUGACAGUACACUGAAAACUUAUAACCUCCGCUGUAUUCGUGCGAGUGGUGGUGUGUUCCGUGCGUUCCGUGUGCAAGUGUCGGUAUAAAAAAAUCAAGUGCGUGUAUAGCGUGUAGUGCACAAUCAAGUCAAGGACAUUAGGUGAAAAGACAUUAUAAAGUUAAAGCAAAGUACCAGCAGUAGCUCACAAAAACAGCGCUGCGACUGCCAGUGACUACAUACGAAAGCUACCAGGCGAACAUUGUUCCUCAGUAAAACCCUCAAUAUGGCGGGUUUUACCAUCUAUUCCCUGCUGAUUCUCGGAACAAGUCUGCUAGUGUUGGGUUCGCAACAUUCGCCGUACUCCCUGCAGGCUGCCAUCGACGCUUUGCACCGCCGAGAAGCACAGCUUGCGUUACGCGAGGAAGCCGCCGCCGAGCAGCUGGACGACGAUGGCUACUGGAUGGAACCAACCGAAGAGCAGCAGCAACAGUUUCGCCCGAACCGACAGCGCCUGAACCGCAUUCUGGCCAACUAUUUGCGGCGCGAUGAAGAGCCGGACGAUGGCUACGAUCCUUACGACUUGGACACACGCAAGCGUUCCGUCUUUCGGGAGCGAGAUGAACUAUCCUCCUACCCGACCGUGUUCCGGGAGCGAGAGCAGGAGAAAGCGUACCCGCAUCCCGACCUGUCCGAGGAUUUCCUCAAAGCGGUACAGCGUCUCAACAACGACGAGCGAGAGGAAGAGUUCCAAGAGCGUCUGCAGCGACUGUGGAACAAGUACCAGCAGGAGGAGAACGAAAUCGAGCAGCAGCUCUUUGACGAGGAACCGCUAGGGCCGUACGAGAAGCGGCAAGGCUUCCCCAUGUCCGAAUCGGAACCCUCUCCCGCCCAUUACGGUCCACCGAUGCAGGAGCGCAAGCGAACGCUCCCAAUCCUUCCCUGGCUUCCCGCUACGCGUAAGAAGCGCUUCCCGGUCGCAAAGCGAUCGCCCAAACCGGACGCAGCCCCAACCGGAACGGAUGAAAAGGUGGCCAAGGAUUUGCAGGCCCUCUUUGGAGCACCGAUCGAGCCGAAGCGCAAACGAUCGAGUGAACCGGCGAAGCCGGCUAGCUCUACGGCGAGCUCCAGCAUGGCCACAACCUCCUCCACCACGACCGUGCGGCCAGCAGUGAUGGAAGUUGCCAAGACGAAGCGCGAUUCGAGCGAUGAGCACCAUGAACACAGCUCGGAGGAAGGCCCGGAUGACGAUGAGCAUGAGCACGAGCACGAGCACGAACACGAUCAUGAGGACUCGAGCGAAGAGUUCGAGGGUGAGGAUGACGACAAGAAGAAGAAGCGAUCGGUGCGCAAGCGGUCCAAUCUGGAGGUGGUGAAGGAGGAUCAAAUUCUGCCUGCAUAUUGGCGAAAGUUUAAGACAAAAAGCCGAUCCAGAAGCAAAGCUAAGCGUGUGGCAGUGAAGAAGGAGCGGGCCGAGUACGAUCACAGCCAACACAGCAUGGAGGGCAACGAGAAGGUAGCGCACGAGGAGGUGGAAAACAACCUCGGCGACGUUGAGGGCGACAGUAAGAAGAAAAAGCGCACCCAGAAGCGAUACCAGGAAGUAUUCCGAGGACCGGAAGAGCCCGAAAUGGAGGAUGAUUACAGCCGGGGGCUGGUUGUUGAGUCCACUGAAUGUCCACUGCUGGAUGCGUUUGAGCGGCGGUGUCGCGGUGUAGAUGUGCUCAGCGGUGACAUUUACCAGGAACUGCUGCCAGCCUGCGGUGCCCAUCAACUUUGCUACCUAUGCGGCGUUUCACCGAAAGUUUGCGACCUUCAGUAUCUCUCCGAGGCGGACAACAUUUGCGAAAACCAACCCGACUGUCAGACGACCGCCCGGUCGGUGCUGAUGAUACUGCGGGGCUUCCCGGGCCCACAGCUUGGGCCGCGCGAGUGCGCCAAAAAUCCCUGCCUGUAUCGGGCCAUGGUCGAGGUCGGUGUCGUUGUAAAUUAAGCCUCCCAACACACAAUCUGGAGACCCACACACACACAUACACUGCACGAAAAUGACUCCAUUUUCGGCCGCUGUCUUGAUGUCCCGAUGGAAGUUGUGACUAUGUUACCGAGCUAAGUUUUUCAACCAUAUAAGAGCGUAUGUGUGCGCGAUCGAAAGGAACGGACGGUGGCUGUACAGUACAAGAAGCUAAUGCGCCCGGCACAUACAUACAUGCUUGCUCCCGCGCGGGAGGUACAAUAUACACCGACUAAUGCUAGCGUACGAAACGAACGAAACGAACGAACUAACAACGAUGAUCAGGUAUACCGAGAAACGUGAGACGGUGCUGGACUGAGCAGGCGGACGCAGUGGCGUAAAACCAACCAGCGGUAUUUCCAUUCCUUACCUUCCCUGGCCGCUUUCGCUAAACUGAGGCGGCACAACCGAUUUCGUAGCAUAGGAGCUCAUUUUUAAUCGCAUAUCGAUAACUGUAUGUAUGUUUAACACACACACACUAACGCACAGAAACACACCGAUACAGACAGAAGAAUACGUUCCCUUUGAUGUUCAACAAUCGGCGUAACGUUAUCAACUAUAUCUAUCAGUGAUUUUGUGUUUGAUACAAACGCAUGCAACGCAACUUCCCUCUCCCCUUGUAUGUAUGUGUAGACCCAGCCACACACACACCCCUUGCUGUCAGUGGAGCUCGUUCCUUCAAUUAUUUGCUCCUGGUUUGUUCGAUAUUUUUACAACCCUACAUAUAUACAAAUAUAAAUGUGACUCUGUAUAAGUAAGAUUUUUGUCAAACCCCAUUAUUUACAACACUUACAAGGAGGAGGAAAAAAAAGUUGACAAAAAGGAUAUUGGUAACAUACAACAAAAAAAACCUAAACUAAAAAUCGACUAGGUCGAGACGACCUUACUCUAGUUGUGAGACACAAAACAGAACAAAUAAACAAAUAAAAAAUAUUAUACAUAUACAACAAAAAAACAUAUAUUAUACUGAAUGUGUACGGAUAAGUUUCUGAAACAAAUAAAUAAUAGUUUACAAAAAAAAGGAGAACACAAACUUAACACACAGUGCAACACAGCAAAUCCCUUUAAAAAAAACAAAAAACAAAAUGAAAACGGACAACAUCAACCAGGAGAACAAAAAAUAAACGAAAGAGAAAGGAAAGAAAGCAGAUAAAACUUCUAAAGCAAAAAAAAAACUCCCGACAAUAAGAACAUAACGAACGUAUGAAACAAAAAAGAAAGUGGUUAUAAAACAGCAACAUGUAGACACAGUUAAACCUUACACACUGAAACGAACCAAAAGACAGGCAAAAGAUAACACAAAUCGACAAUGUAACACUAAACUACAGAAAUUGAACUGAGUGCAGCUAUUAGUUUUACAAUAGUAGUGGACAGAGCAUGGCUAACAAGGCAAAAAAAGAAGAAGAAGCAAAAAACACAAUAACAAAACCAAAGUAACAAACGAAACAAAACAAUGUACAUUUAAAAGUCUUUAAAUGGCACAACACGCCCCCGCCCAGUUGUUUGUUGUUUCAACCACCACCACCACGUCGAUCAGAGCACGAUCGAUAACGAGAUAGCAGCAGCACAAAGCCAUCAAUGUGGAAUUGAUUACCGCACUAAUUGUUCUUUACUUCUGGCACAAAGCCGUAACGUGCAGUAAACGUAACCAAGGUGGAUGAGUAAAGCGCACAAGGUGCACGAUGUGGCUAAGAAUAUUAUUUACUCUGUGUAACACUUGAUGGCAUUUAUCGUGGGGAAGGGGAAAGAAAAUCCCCACUAUUGGACACCGAUUGGAAACAAUUGACUUACACAAUAAAAACUAAACACCCACACACAGAUACAGUUUACAAACCAUGCGAGAUAACAACACACUUAACAAACUCAAUAAGCCAAUGGCGUCAGUAUUUGUUGAAACCUAAAAUAAACUCAAACAAAACUCCUCCUGUA